GUUUAAAAGACAUCUAUCACGUGUUUGUACACAGCAGAGACAAAGACGUCUUGCAGACAUACGUUUGCUGCCUGGACACAUCUUGCAGAUAUAAAUGCAUACGUCAAAUAGAUGUCUCUGUGAUGUACGUGUGCUGUCAGGGAGGCGACUUCAGAAAAACUCAAAAACGCUCAGUUUGGCGUAACAUAAUAUAGAAAUAGCUUCGAUAAUUGCAGCCAAUCAGUAACUUGAAAUGGUAAUGGUAUCUGCUACAUCUUUAUUGGGAUAGUCUCUUAAAAGAUACUCUACUAUUAACUAUAAAUACUCUACUGACUAUAAAUGUCAAUUUAUUCUAACCUUUACUCUACCGGUCUACUCAUACUGUGCUAACAAAGCUAGUAGAGUAUUGCAACGCUACUUAAGCGUUAUUAAAAUAAAGUGAAACCAAGAUCUCUUAAUCUGGAAAGCAUCUGCCGUGUACAAACAUCUGCCAAACGUCUUUCAGAUGUCGGUUUUACAUACAUUCUUAAUCAUAAGCGUCUUAAACACAUCUACUAAACGUCUACUUGACGUCUGAUAGGAAACGUCCAAUAGAUGUAUGAGCAAAUUAGCAAAAUGAGCUCUAAAAAGCCGAGGUCAAACAGACGUUUCCUAGAUGUACGUGUGCUAUCAGGCUCAGCGUUGUUCAGAAAAGUGUUGCUUUUCACAUUUGCACGUUUAUUCGGUCACGAUCGAAGCUUCAGUUGUCACGCCGCAGGAAUGCAACACUCCGAUUACGCAAUGCGCCGGGUCGUGUUUCCACCUCAAAACUGACAUACCCUCGUUUUAUGUUUACAGCGGACAGAGAGAGAGACGCGAGACAAAGCAGCCCGAGGGAAGCUUUGGACUCCCAGAGACAAAGAGGAGACAGAAAGCGUACUUUGAGGACAAGGGGCCCUCGUGGGCAUCCAGUCGCGUCUUUUUUUGCUGUGGAUCUGUGGGUGUGAGGUUGUGCGUCAGAGGGAGGUGUGUUGUGGUACGAUCAGCUGUGGCGAGAUGGGGACAGUCAGUCCGGCUCUGUUGCAGCGGGGGCCACAUUACGCCGGCUUCUCCUGAGUUAUGCUCCUCUUCAAAACUCGAGUACAGAUCCAACUAUGAGCCCACAGAGGGAUACGCCUAAAAAAUGACAGAACGACAAAUGGCUUCUACUGAAAGGAGCCUACGUAUCCAGGCUGAUGACGACCUGAAGUCUAUGUUCGUUGGCGCAGUGAUGAGAAAAAUCAAGUCUCGCACGUGGAAGAAGCAGCGUUACUUCCGGCUACAAGAAGACUGCAUGACUAUUUGGUACAAGAGCAAAAAAGCAGGAAAUGCACACUCCACGUUUUCUGUGGGUGAUGUGGAAGCUGUGCGGGAAGGGCACCAAUCUGAGGUCCUGCUCAGCAUUGCUGACGAGUUCCCGCCUGACCGCUGCUUUACCCUUGUGUUUCGUGGUCGAAGAGGCAACUUGGACCUAGUGGCCGAAUCAGCAGGGGAAGCGCAAUCAUGGAUUAAAGGGAUACGCAAACUCAUUGAUAACCUGGAGAACAUGGGGCAGAGAGAGAAACUAGACCAAUGGAUCUGUGAUUGGUUUAAAAAGGCAGACAAAAACAGAGAUGGACGGAUGAACUUUAAAGAGGUCCGAGAUCUGCUGAAGAUGAUGAAUGUGGACAUGAACGAGCAUCACGCUCUUCGACUCUUUACGAUGGCAGACAAAACUCAAUCAGGAGCUCUUGAAGAUGAUGAGUUUGUGCUGUUCUAUAAAAUGUUGACUCAGCGCGAGGAUGUCCUGCGAGUGUUUCAGGAAUAUUCAGGUGAUCGGCAGAAGUUAACACUCCAGGAUCUGAAAGAUUUCCUACGGGAGGAGCAGCUACACGAGGACGGAGUUCAGCAAUAUGCACUUAAACUCAUUGAAUGUUAUGAACCUUCAGAUACAGCAAGAAUGCUACAAGCGAUGACGUUUGAUGGUUUUCUGAUGUACCUGAGCUCACCAGAAGGCUCUAUCUUCAACCCCACUAUGGUGGAACUCUACCAGGACAUGACUCAGCCUCUUUGCCAUUACUUCAUAUCAUCAUCUCAUAACACAUACCUUCUGGAAGACCAAAUCAGAGGACACAGCAGUGUGGAAGGCUACAUACGGGCACUUAAACGUGGCUGUCGAUGUGUAGAAGUGGACUGCUGGGAUGGACCAAAUGGAGAACCAAUUGUCUACCAUGGACACACAUUCACCUCCAAGAUCAUCUUCAAGGAUGUUGUCACUGUGCUGGGCAACUAUGCAUUCAAAGCAUCGCAGUAUCCUGUCAUCCUGUCCAUUGAGAACCACUGCAGUGUAGAGCAGCAGAAAGUCAUGGCCCAACACCUCACCCACAUCCUGGGAGACAAGCUGUUGAAAAGCCCUUUAGAUGGAAAGAUUCCCACCGGCCUCCCGUCUCCUGAGGAUCUGAAAGGGAAGAUUCUGUUGAAAGGAAAGAAGAUAGGUGGAUUAGAGGAUAGCAUGAAUGGGGUGGUGGAUGACCCUUUGAUGGGAGAAGUGAGCGACGAAGAGGAGACUGCUGAAAUUGACGAUGACCAUCAUCGCAGUGACAGCAUACGGCAUAGAGUCAAGAAAUCCAAGCAGCGUCUCUCUAAAGAGCUGUCGGACUGUGUGGUUUACUGCAAGAGUGUCCACUUUAGCGGCUUUAAACAGUCACGAAUUCACUCCAAGUUUUACGAGAUCUCCUCCUUCACAGAGUCUAAGGCCCGGAAACACAUAAGGGAGGCAGGAGCGGAGUUUGUUCUCCAUAAUGCUCGUCAACUGAGCCGGGUUUACCCCAGUGGUUUGAGAACUGACUCAUCCAACUUCAACCCACAGGACAUGUGGAACUCAGGGUGCCAAAUUGUUGCUCUGAACUUUCAGACCGCAGGGGUUGAGAUGGAUCUGAACGAUGGCUUAUUCAGUCAGAACAGACGCUGUGGCUACGUACUGAAACCAACAUUCAUGCGCAACAUUGACGUGAGGUUUGAUCCAGAAAACCCCCAAAACGAAGGCUACAAGCCACUUAGCCUGUCUAUUCAGGUAAUCAGCGGCCAGCAGCUUCCCAAAGUAAACAUCAAGGAGGGCUCAAUCAUUGAUCCCCUCGUUCGGGUGGAAAUUCACGGCGUACCACUGGACCAGGCCAAGCAGGAAACCAGAUACAUUGACAACAACGGUUUUAACCCAGUAUGGUACGAUACGCUUCAGUUCACAAUUCACGUCCCUGAAUUAGCGCUGGUUCGGUUCGUCGUGGAAGACUACGAUAAAACAUCAAAGAAUGACUUUGUGGGACAGUUCACUCUCCCUUUCACCUGUAUUCAGCCAGGAUACCGUCACAUUCAUCUCCUGUCUAAGGACGGCACCAGCAUACCUCCUUCCUCACUAUUCGUUAAUGUCCGGAUAGCUAAACUAACAUAAACUAACCAAGUUUAAAGCUGUCUUACACUCAUACGUGCACAAAAUAAAGAAAAAAAGCGCAACAAUUUCAAGUCUUCCCAGUCGACGCUUGUUUUCAGAAGGCUGACAUUAUAAUAAGUAAAGUAAAAAUGUAUUAAACACUGACAAUGUAAAAUUCAAAGGUAAAUUUGUGUUGCUAGAUUUAGUUAAUUUGUACGCCAAAUAAUUUUAUAGUUAUUUUAUUGUUAUUAAGAUUUGUGUGAUUGUAAGGAGCUGUAUCUAAAUAUAACUUCAAUACGAUACUUCAGGUUGUGUUUAACUUUAAAAGGAAAAUAGAAACUAUAUCUGCAUAAGGAAUGAAUCCUAAUUUGGUUUGUAUUAACUAAACGCAUUCAGUGUGACCUGGAUAUUUCACAUGAGUCAUUUUUUACCUUGCAUGACAACUCUUUACAUCUUGCUUUACGUAUUUAAGCAAUAUUUCAAUAGAAAUAGUUUUGAGGUUUUUUUUUUUUCUUUUUAACCGUACCACUACAUUUCAGUAGUACUCGCAGUGGUGUGUGUUAACUGCUCUUUUAAAAUAAAGCACAAAGAUAAUGGGCUCAAGGGCUCAAUUACUUUGGCCCUGAAGUACCUCAGGGGCCAGACUCAGUUACACAGAGAUACAAGAAGGAGGGCAGUGAAAAUGACCCCAUCUGUUACCGCCUCCAUCUACCCGGACACGGUAUACCAUCAUUUUGAAAUACACCCUUAAAAUGCACCUAAGAUGUAUAAAAGAACUUAAAGUAGAUUAUUCUGAAUCAUGUCAAGGCAUUUGUUAAGUCAAAUGUAUGCUGCUGGACUAAUAGUGUUAUAUUUUUGUAUUUCUAAGCUGCGUAUGAGCUGGAUCUAUAUACUGUUUUUGUAAUAUUGUUCAGUAACUAUCUGUCUGUUUUGCUUGUAUAUAUAUGUACGUAUGUAUUUAUUUGCCAUAUUCAUUAAAGGUAAUUUUG